AUGCAAAACUUAGUAGAAACUAAAUCACUGUAUUCUUCUCUCUGUUUAUGUUUUUUUCGGGAUGCAAAUGACUAUGGUUCGAAAAUAGGCCAAUCUCCCAGUAGUAGUAGUGUUAUUCGUCGUUGUUGUUGUCGUCGUCAUCAUAAGGAAGUGCAAGAAGAGAAUAAUAAUUAUGAUAUGCAUUCAAGAGUAACAACAUGUUAUUCUUGUGUACCUGUUUCAAUUCGAUUACAAAGUAAUAAAGAUCAACAAGUAACAGCACAAUUACUUUAUCAAUAUGAUCCAAAUGAUCAAGAGCUUGAACAUUUUACCGAAGAACAAAUUCAAGAAUUUCGACAAGCAUUUUUAUUAUAUGAUAAAGAUUCUGAUGGUGCAAUUUCUCCAAAAGUGCUUGGUAGUGUAAUGCGAACAUUAGGUCAAAAUCCGACCGAAGACGAAUUGAAAGGAUUAAUUAAUGAAUUUGAUUGUGAAGGGAAGGGUUUGAUUGAUUUUAAUGAAUUUUUACAAAUGAUGGCCAAACGUGCAAAUGAACACGAAUCAGAAGAAGAUGAACUUCGAGAAGCAUUUAGAGUAUUUGAUAAAAAUGGGAAUGGAUUUAUUAAAGUGGCAGAAUUACGGCACGUGAUGACUAAUUUAGGUGAACAAUUUUCCGAUAAUGAAGUUGAUGAAAUGUUGCGUGAAAUUGAUACAAGCGGUAAUGGAAUUAUACGUUAUGAAGAACUUGUAAAACUUGUUAUAGGAAAAUGA